AGAUAGAGAUGGAAAUUCAAGAUAUUGACGAGCUUUUAGACGAAGCGUUUCCGAAUAUAAAAGAAAAUGAAAAACCCCACAUCAAAUGGUUGUUGCAAUCUUUUAACCCAGUACCUCUCGAGUUUUACCGAUAUUUGAACCGUAAAACGAAAUAUAUCGCUACCAACGCCUUUACUCAUGCGCUUAGAUGUCAGAUGUUAUUAGCGAAGAGAGGGUGGGAAUGCUUAGAAAAUCCAGCAACAAUGGAAGCGACCUUUACAAAUAAAAUACUGUUCCACUGGAUUGAACAUCACGAACGUCUUUUCACGGAAAACAACAGCUCUAACAAAGGAAGAAUGAAAGCGGACAUCGUAGGAGUCCGUUUAUCAGACAACCGACAGGUCGUGUUUUUAAAAAUGAGUGGUGCUCCCACUGACUUUUUGAAUGUCCAUACUAUGGGAGACACAUAUAAGAAAGUUCAGGAAAGAGUUGAUUCAUUGAACUCUGUACUCCUUAAUUUUUUGAAUUAUGAUGUCAGAUACGCGAAAAAAAUACUAUCCAAGGGAUCAAUCGCCUUACACUCAGAUCUAUUUUUUUAAGAGGGAAGGACGAUUAUGCCGACGAAGAAGAAUUUUCUGCGGUCUUUCCGCUUAGCUGGGAAUUCCUUCUUGGUUUUUAAUCUAAUGAAGUUUGUGAUACGAUCUAUUUUAGAGUAUCCUAACGUCAUCAAAGAAUUAUUCCAUUCGGCACUGUAUUUCAUGUGUUACUGACAAAAUAUAACAAAAUAUAACCUAUACAACAUCCACAGCAUAAUAAUAAACUAUUUUAAAAUCU